AUGGAGGAAACCCAGGACCCGGUGGAGCUUUACGGUGGAGGGGUUCGGGAAGGAGACUGGUUAGAUGAUUACCCAGAUUCUUUGAAAGGGGUGACUACCGACGAGGUCAACUGCCCUUUCACAGUCGGCCAAUUUGAGAAGUUCAAAAGGCGUCUUCAAAGUAUCCCAGUGACAAUUCGCUCUUCCAACGUCAUGGAAAUACGAGGACAAUCAUGGGUAGACGCUAUUAUCCUGGGCCAGGAGAUUCUAGAAGAAAGUGUUCUGGAUUCAUAA